AACGAGCAUUCUGUUAAAUACACAGUUGCAGUCGAAACAAGGCAACCCUCUGCUGUCAUCUCAGCCAACACCAUGCUUUCUUGUUUGUCCCUGGAACAAAUUCUGUUGGUGGUGUUUACAGGUUCCUUGGUAUCAGGUGCUAAUAGUACAGUCUGGGGAAAAGUGGGUCAGAAUAUCACUUUACCCUGUCAUUAUUCUACUGAUGAACACGGAACCAGACAGAUAUGUUGGGGGAAAGGAAGGUGCCCUUAUUCUUGGUGCUCUGGAGAAAUUUUCCGGACCAAGACACAGCAAAGGAUAUAUGAGAAAUUCAGCAAGUACUAUCUAAUGGGAGAUGUUCAUCAAGGAGACGUGUCCCUUACCAUUGUGAAUGUAACAGAGAAUGAUGCAGGGACAUACUGUUGCCGUGUGGACAUAAAAGGCUGGUUCAAUGAUGAGAAACAACAUGUUGAAGUUGUGAUUGAGAAAGCUGUUUUACACUUCACUGAAACUUACUUUGCUUUGGAACCAAGAUGGAUGUCCAAUACACAAUCCCCACCAGAUAAUAUUUCUAUUUAUUUUUCCACACUAGUAGAAGACUCCAGAAAGGGAGAACCUGAUAUGACAGGCGUAUAUGUUAGCAGUGGAAUAUGCACAGUAUUACUAUUACUACUCAUUGUGACACUGCUGAUACUUAAGCAGACACCUGUUGCAGGUUUUGCUGCUGAGAGCAGCAGUCAGUUAGUGCGGCCACUUGAGUCACAGCUUGUUGAUCCUGAGGAGGCAAAACUAGAAAGUGAGGUUCAGAAAGGAGGCCCUGUGCACGAGGAGGAGGAGGGCAUGAAGCAGUGCCAGUUGCCCACAGCCACAUCUGCAGAACAGCAAGUACCAUGGUUUGGCUUAGAGAAAGCUUGUACAUUUGUGAGCCAGAGUGGGAAAAAUGUUGUUGUACGACGCAAUUACUGCCUUCCAAGGAUCAAAAAUCUGAGAUCAGCUGUUUCCUCCUCAUCCAAUGUGAAGAAACAUUUUGAGAGGGCACACCCUGAGAAGCUGAGAGCAAUUGAAGAAGCAAUAAAGGCAAGGAGACGUGGCCUUCCUGAACCAAUGCAUGACACCCCUCCUCCCCAAAUGCUGAAGCAGCAGCAGACAACCCUUGAGAGGUGGGGAUCUGGCAGGGAUCUGCUUCUUCUGGCAGCCUGCGUACACCCUCGCUUCAAACUAGAACGGCUGGAAUCGUGUCAGGCCACCACCCAUACCAACAAAUACACAAUGGAAGCCUUGUUAAAAGCUGAAAUAAAGAUGGGUGUACUUAAUGAGGACAGUGAUCAGUCUUCAGAUAAAGACCAGGAAGGAGAUGACUUAGAAGAUGACUUCUUUAACUUUCUGCCCCAGGGCAAGAAGUCAGCAGUGGACACUGCUGAGGAGGAACUGGGUAUCUAUACAAGAAGCAGAAGAUGCGUAAUUCUACAAGUCAGGUGGCAUUCUCAAGCUCAGACACUGGAAGAAUUCAGCACGUUCUGGAAGCUGGUGUCCAUGCACCGGAAAAUAUUUAUGAGAUGUUUUGGGAAGAGAGCUUUGUGUGCUCUUUCCUAUCAGAAACAGACAAUUCCAGUUCUGGGACGAAAAGAAAUUACGAAAGGCAAGGCUCACUCAGCACUUCCGAACUGGUUAAAAUCUGAUGAGUGUUCAGAUAUAGGAUAUUACUGGAGCUUGUGCACGGUAAACAUGUCACAUAUGCUGCUUCAGUGGAUCGUGAUCCAUUUCUGUAUAGUGGGCACAAUAUCUCAAAUUGUGGUAAGAGGGGUGGUGGGCCAGGCUGUCACACUGCCAUGCACCUAUCGUGUCCAACAGAGAGAUGACCUUACUGACAUGUGCUGGGGCCAAGGCAGCUGCCCAAAUUCUAAAUGCAGUAAUGAAAUUCUACGCACAAAUGGAAGGACGGUGACAUCAAAAAUAUCACAUAGGUACCAGCUAAAGGGACAUGUGACUCAAGGAGAUGUGUCCCUGACGAUUGCAAAUUUGAAUAAAGGAGAUAGAGGACUGUACUGCUGUCGUAUUGAAGUCCGGGGCUGGUUCAACGACUUAAAAAAGACCUUGAAUUUACAAGUUAAUAGCGCAACAACCACAGUAUCCACCACAAGCACCACAGUCUCCACCACAGUCUUCACCACAACUACAACCACUGCACCUCAUAUGGUUACCACCUCAUGCACCCCUGCUCCCUUAACAACCACAGUUACUUCUCCCAAACCCCUUCCUUUUAUUUCAAAUAUCCCUGCUUCCCCAACAACUCAUACUGAUGCUAAUGUUCCAACAAUGCCCACAUCUUCUGUGAAGACAGCCAUUGCUUUUUUUACAACUGUUCCUUCAUCAGGCAACUUCAAAUCAUCACCAACUAGUCUUCAGGAUGAGUUGACUGAAAAUGCCUGUUGUGUUUUUACCACAGAGACUGCUUCUCAUACUAGAGAAAUCAAUACAGUGCUGAUUCCUUGUGCUAGUGUGCUCUCUGUUCUCCUCUUGAUUCUAGUAACAUUACUAAUGAAAAAUAAACGGAUGAGAAAAUAUCAUUUGAGCAAAAUGAAAAGCUUAAACAAAUGUGAAGAACCUGGAGAGACACCUGUGGAAGCAGAAGGAGAGAAUGGAAUGUUUCCUCUGUAGCAGCCACCUUUUUACAUUUAAGUCUAGCUACAAAUCCAAAAUCUGUGAAUGGGAGCAUUUCAAAGAAGCAUUCCAGAACGAUAUAAUUUGGAAAUGUUGCUAAGCACCCCAUUGUCUCCAUAUUGACAGCUAACCAUUUUGGCUCCCUCACCAUUCUUCUGUUGGAUUCUGUUCCUUUCUUCCACUUCUCGUGUGUAAUGUUUAAAUCCUGUACAUGACUGUUACUAUCUCUGUUUCCCCCUUUUUUCUUUCUUGU